AGGCUACUAAAAUCCUUGCGACGGGUCCUGAUCAGCCUCUGGUGUCAUUGGUGAAUGACCGAAGAUGUCUCACAGCAGGUUGUUUGCCAGGCUGCUUUUGCAGCAGAGUGGAGUCAGGCACUGUUACACUGGCUCAAGACAGAACCUCUACAUCUCCAAGAACACAAAGGUCAUCUGCCAAGGUUUCACGGGGAAGCAGGGAACGUUUCACAGUCAGCAGUCUCUUGACUAUGGCUCCCAGUUAGUUGGAGGCGUUUCCCCUGGCAAGGGUGGUAAGACGCAUCUUGGCUUGCCAGUCUUCAAUUCAGUCAAGGAGGCAAAGGAUGGCACAGGGGCAGAUGCCACUGUGAUUUAUGUGCCCCCUCCGUUUGCGGCAGCUGCCAUUAUUGAGGCCAUUGAUGCCGAGAUCCCCUUGGUGGUGUGCAUCACUGAGGGCAUCCCCCAGCAGGACAUGGUGAGAGUCAAACAUAAGCUCCUGCGCCAGGGCAACACCCGCCUCAUCGGCCCCAACUGUCCAGGAGUCAUCAAUCCUGGAGAAUGCAAGAUUGGGAUCAUGCCUGGCCACAUCCACAAAAAGGGAAGAAUUGGCAUUGUGUCAAGAUCUGGUACCCUGACAUACGAAGCUGUGCAUCAGACUACACAAGUUGGCCUGGGCCAGUCACUCUGCAUUGGUAUCGGUGGGGAUCCAUUCAAUGGCACAAACUUCAUAGACUGUCUGGAGGUGUUUCUGCAGGAUCCCAAGACAGAGGGCAUCAUCCUCAUCGGAGAAAUUGGAGGCAAUGCUGAGGAGAACGCAGCGGAGUACCUUAAACAGCACAACUCUGGUGCUAAUUCAAAGCCCGUGGUGUCCUUCAUCGCGGGGAUAACUGCUCCUCCCGGGCGUAGGAUGGGUCACGCCGGCGCCAUCAUCGCUGGCGGAAAGGGCGGAGCCAAAGAGAAGAUAGCAGCCCUGCAGUCAGCUGGAGUUGUUGUCAGCAUGUCCCCUGCCCAGCUGGGCAGCACUAUUUUCAAGGAGUUUGAGAAGAGGAAGAUGUUGUGAAUUGAGCGGGAAGGCCGCCAACCUUUUUACCCCCGGGCCCUGAAAGUGGAGAUGGAACGUCCCGGCUCUGAUGGUGGAUACGCCCGACAGCAUCCGUGAACCCUGAUUAUUUCGAGCACGAUGUCCACACGCAGUGUUUUUGUUUCGUAAUUUUUGCCAUGAACGUGUACCUGGACAUGACAUAAAAGAAUGAAACGCAGUGUUUUAAUGGUACCUUAAAGAAGUCAUUGUAAACAAUGUUAAGGCUUUAUAGAUCAUUGCCCUCCUCCACACAAUGUAGACCGGCUACAGGAUGCCUCGGUAACCUUGGUGAUCUGUUUCAUUCUGUUAUAAUCCUGCUUGUAAAUCGUCAACUCAUUUCACUGGCUGUCCACCUGAAUAAGAAAUAUUUCUCAUAUCGUU